CCUGUCCCUGCUCCUGUCCCCACGCAGCCGCAGCCAGGAGCUCUGGGCCGGGCCAGGAGCCGAUCCCGAGGGGUUGGCCAUGGAAUAGGCGCUUUUCCAGGUGCCCGGGCACAGCGGGAGGCUGAGGUUGGCCGCCCCGAAGGCGCCGUGCCCUGGAGCCCCCGGCCUCUGCCAUGAAUGAUGCAUCCACCAUGGAUUAUGAACUGCUCUCGCCAUCCCUGGUGGAGCACCCCGCGGGCUCCGCGGGCAUGGAUGCCGAGCAGAAAACUGUCUUCGCCUUCGUCAUCUUCCUGCUGGUGUUCCUGGUGAUGCUGAUGGUGCGCUGCUUCCGCAUCCUGCUGGACCCCUACAGCCGCAUGCCCGCCUCCUCCUGGACGGACCACAAGGAGGGCUUGGAGCGGGGCCAGUUCGAUUACGCCCUGGUGUGA